UUAGUAACUCUUUCUCUUGAUGUAGUGUCAAUCUUUGGUUGAAGAAUUAUCAGCUUCCCACUCUACGGAUUUGCAGCAACGUGCAUAUGAAUUGCAAGCAGUCGUUAGCUUGGAUGCUCAUGCUGUUGAGAGUAUUAUGCCAUUAGACGCAAGUUGUGAGGACAUAGAGAUUGAUAAAAAUCUCUCAUUCCUCAACAGUUAUGUCCAACAAUCGCUGGAAAAUGGCGCCCAGCCUUACAUUCCUGAGAGUCAGCGCUCUGGUGUGUUAGAUAUCAGCAAUUUCAGAAGCCAAGACCAGCCUGAAGCUUCAAUGCAUGGUCUUAGGUUUGAGGCAUAUGAGCUUCCAAAGGCCCCAGUGACAUCAAGAAUACCUCCAGCUUCAGUUGCACCCUCAACUGAACUUGUUCCAGUACCUGAGCCAUCUUAUUCAAGGGAGACCCACCAGGUUGCAUCAGUGCCAUCCAUAUCAGAUGCAGGGUCAACAGAACUCAGGCUACGACUUGAUGGUGUUCAAAGAAAGUGGGGUAAACCAACAUACUCUUCUCCUACAUCAUCUACCUCAAAUGCUUCCCAGAGUACAUCAAAUGGGGUCACACAAGUAGAUUCUGCAGCCAAUGUAAAUUCAAAAGCACGUAAUACUCAUGAUUCAAGGAAGCCACAAGCUGAAAUUACUCCAGAAAAGCAGAAGCUUGCUGCUUCGUUGUUUGGUGGACCCUCAAAAACUGAGAAGAGGCCUACUUCAGCUAGCCAUAAGGUAGCCAAGGCAAGUAGCCAUGCUGCAGAGAAGUCUCCGGCACCAAAGGCAGCAGUCGUAUCCAAUCAAGCUACAUUGGAGAAGAUCAAUCAUCAACCUCCUCCAGACUUGCUUGACUUGGGUGAACCGACUGUUACAAAUAGUGCUCCAUCUGUGGAUCCAUUCAAGCAGUUAGAAGGGCUUCUUGACCCAACUCAAGUUACUUCAACAGUGAAUCAUGGUGCAGUUGGUGCUACUGAAGCACCUGAUAUUAUGGCGCUAUAUGUAGGGACACCUGCUGGUGGACAGAGUAGCAGUGCUGAAAACUCUCUGCCAAGCAACAGCUAUGAUGUCAAUCUCACAUCUGAGUUAUCUAAUUUAACUAGUGGCGCUACUAAUGCAGGAGCUACACUUCCGACACAAUUUACUAAAGGUCCAAACCCUAAAGAUGCCCUAGAAAAGGAUGCACUUGUGAGGCAGAUGGGUGUCACCCCUUCAAGUCAAAAUCCAAACUUGUUUAGUGAUUUGCUUGGCUAAAUUCAUCAGACAGAGAGUUUUAAAUCAAAGAUGCUUGAAGAUUGAUUGCUUUGUGAUAUGCAUAUGGUUUUCUGGAGCAGCUUGCUAUUUGACAGGGCAAUAUUUAUAAAUUGUACAAUUAGUGAAACAAUCAGAGUAGCAAGUGACACUGUGAAUGGAGUAAUUCAACCUCCAGAACUGUAAAAUCAGGUACAGAUUUGUAUUUGUUGAAGGACAAUAGAACUUUUGAUAGGAAUAGAACCAUAGCCGGUGCAUUUGAGGUUUUCCCUUCGAGCGAGUCAACAUGCAGCUUUUUGUGAAUGCUGUCGCAGCCCAUUUGGGGUUUUGGAGCACUCCAUAAGCAAAAGGGUUCUGCUGAGCAUGUUUGUAUGCUUUUGCUCCGCAUGGCAUUUGAGACAUCUUGUUGUAAUAAUAACGCUGUAUAAGUGAGUUCUCUUUCCCACAUAUUUUUUUUCAUUUUUCAUUGGUUUCCAAUUUUACAUCAUCUUGGAUAAUGAGAGGCCACUUGUUUGAAUUUGACAUUCAAGAUCUAAUCGUGUAAUUUCAAAUA